AUGGGGAACGAGUCCUUUCUGGCCUUCACCACGGCGCACCUGCCCUUAGCCGAGCAGAACCUUGCCAGAUAUAAACUCCGAAUAGUUGAGCCACCAAAACUACCUCUGGAAAAAAAACCCAACCCUGAUAACGAUGGUCCAGAUUUCGAGCCGAACCUGUGGAUGUGGGUAGACCCCAACAUCGUGUUCCCCCCUGGAAAGCUGGAGGUCUCAGAACCCAGUAAGGGGGAGAAUCUGACAAGCACAGACCCCUCCCCUCAGCUGCCCCCCAAAGAAGAAGACUUUGCCAAGUGCCCAGAGGCCACAGUGGUGGAGUCGCCGUCACCUUCCAGAGAGCAGUCUCCCCCUCGGAAGCGGUUUGCCUCUUCCCCCAGCAACUGGAAGCUCACAGAAGAGGAGGAGGCUGAGGACCAGGAUGACAGCUCCUCUAUGGCUCUCCCGUCCCCUCACAAAAGGGCCCCCCUCCAGAGUCGGAGGCUUCGGCAAGCCAGCAGCCAGGAGGGGAGGCUCUGGUCCCGGCCCCCUCUCAAUUACUUCCACCUGAUUGCACUGGCAUUAAGAAACAGUCCCCCCUGUGGCCUCAACGUGCAACAGAUCUACAGUUUCACUCGACAACAUUUCCCCUUUUUCCGAACGGCUCCUGAAGGCUGGAAGAAUACUGUGCGUCACAAUCUCUGUUUCCGAGACAGCUUUGAGAAAGUGCCAGUCAGCAUGCAGGUGGAGGCCAGCAUGCAGGCGGAGGCUAGCACGCGGCCUCGAUCCUGCCUCUGGAAGUUGACUGAGGAGGGACACCGGCGCUUUACAGAGGAAGCCCGCUCCUUGGCCUCCACUCGGCUGGAAAAUAUCCGACAGUGCAUGAGCCAGCCAGAUGUGAUGCCCUUCCUUUUUGACCUUUAA